UGCAGGUAUCGCUCAUCACAACAGACGAGCUACUUGCGGAAACAAACACAGAUUCUUGCGGCAGAAGGUAAAGAACACCAAAAAAGAUGGAAACCACAGCAAUACAGUUAGAAGUCAUGGAGGGGAGUACACCGCUGCUGCUCCCAGAAGCCAGAGAGAUACCUCUUGUGCCUAUGGACACCAACAUCUUAACAUCUAGCCCUGACAGUGUUGACAGUCAUGCAUGCAUGAGGGACAAAGUGUUUAAAGCAGUAUCCCACGGAGACGUAGUAGGGCUUAAUGGCCUGCUGCGGUACCUACAAGAUAAUAAAAAGCAACUUACAAGCUCAGAAUUUACAGAUGAAACAAAUGGGAAAACAGCUCUCCUGAAAGCUCUGCUGAACCUGAAAAACGGCAAAAACGACACCAUUGAUGUCCUCCUUGACAUAGCGGAGCAAACUGGAGAUUUAGAAAGUCUCAUCAAUGCAUCUUAUACAGAUGAUUUCUACAAAGGUCAGACAGCUCUGCAUGUCGCCAUUGAGAGAAGAAGCUUGGACCAUGUGAAGCUGCUGGUGCAGAAAGGAGCAGAUGUACAAGCCAAAGCCAAUGGGAAGUUUUUCCAGCCUGAAGCGAAACAUGGCUUUUAUUUUGGUGAGCUUCCUCUGUCACUGGCUGUCUGCACCAACCAGCCUGAUAUCGUGUCCUUUCUCAUGGAAGAAGGACAAGCUGACGUGACCGAACAAGACUCGCAUGGAAACACGGUGUUGCACAUCUUGGUGGUCUUAGCAGACAACACUGAAGAAAACACUGAAACGUUUGCAGGGAUGUAUGAUAAAAUCCUUAUUCUGCACCACAAGCUUAGGAAACAAACAGAAGACCAGCUGGAAGAGAUCAAAAACAAUCAAGACCUGACUCCUCUGAAAUUAGCAGCCAAGCUCGGCAAGAUCGGGCUGUUCAAACACAUGUUGCACCGAGAAUUCAUGGAUGAGGAGAUGAGGCCCCUGUCCAGGAAGUUUACAGAAUGGGUUUACGGACCCGUUCACUCCUCACUUUAUGACAUCAGCUCCAUCGACACAAAUGAAAAGAACUCUGUGCUGGAGAUAAUCAUCUUUGGGAGUAAGAUUCCGAAUCGCUGUGAGAUGCUUCAAAUCGAACCACUUCGCAGCCUUCUUGAGGAUAAGUGGAGCAUGUUUGCUUCCAAAUUAUUCCUGCUAAACUUCUUGCUGUAUCUGACAUACUUGAUCAUCUUCACCACUGUGGCUUUCUACAGAAAGGAUGGACAGCCACCAUUUCCACUUGAGGUCCCUCUUGACUACCUUCGCUGUGUUGGUGAGAUCAUCAGCGUCCUCGGAGCUGUGAGGUUUCUCUAUCAAUCGAUAACUUUUUUCCAGAGGAACCGUCCAGGCUUCAAGGCUCUAUUUACUGAUGGCUUCAUUGACAUCCUGUUUUUCCUGCAGGCAUUGCUCCUACUGAUCAGCACAGUUAUGUACUUAAGUGGUCUGAGAGAAUAUGUUGGACUCCUUGUGCUCUCGCUGGCUCUCGCCUGGAUGAACGUUCUUUAUUACUCAAGAGGCUCAAAGCAGUUGGGGAUGUACUUUGUCAUGAUGCAAAGAAUGAUACUUGGAGAUCUUUUACACUUUUUAUGUGUUAAUGGUGUCUUCCUUUUUGGAUUUUCUGCCGCUAUUGUUGCUCUGAUAGAUGAUCCCCCCUUGACUCAAAAAAAUCUGACAAAUGCUUCACUGGCACAAGGACAAGGCUUUGACAAGGAUCCAUUUAAGGCAGAAGGACCAAGUUACCACGACAUGCGCUUUACCACAUUGGAACUGUUCAAGUUCACCAUCGGGAUGGGAGAUCUGCAGUUCACCGAUCAUGUUCAGUAUAAGGAAGUUUUCUACAUCCUGCUCAUCUGCUACAUAGUUCUCACCUACAUCCUGCUCCUCAACAUGCUGAUCGCUCUGAUGGGCAACACAGUCGAAAGAAUCUCCACACAGAGUGAAAACAUCUGGAACCUGCAGAGGGCCUUUACCAUUUUGGAUAUCGAGAGGUCUCUGCCGAGGUGCCUGAGGAGCAAACUGCACUCCAGAGCCAGAAAGAAGAAGGACGAGUGUCAAGGACUUUUGAGGGUGGAAGAAAAGAACUGGACACAGUGGAGGUCAGAUCUUGGUGUACAACGGAAAGAAGACCCCCAGUUUCACGACUCUCCUGGGUCUCAUUGGAACUUCCUGGACAGGAUCCAUGCCAGACGUCUCCAAGCGCAGUCUGGUUUUCCGAAAAUUAAUAGGAACAUCAAACUACCAAAGUUUUUACCAGUUUAAAAUUUGAACAUUCAAAAUUAUUUGAUACAACAGCAACUUUUAUAAUCUCAUCGGGGCAACUCCUAUUGGUGUAUUUCUAUGUGUAAGUGAUGAGAUGUUAUUUAUACACCUGAUGAAGGACGAACAUUAAAAAAAUAAUUUAACCAGUAAUAAA